CGGCUCGGUUCCGUCUCCUGGGCAGCGCCGGGGCGGGCGGGCGCGGCGGCAGAGGAGCCGGGAGCCGCGCUCCGCCGGAGUUGGGCAGGGGAGCACCCGCGCCUCCGCGGCGUCAUGGGUCCCCUCCCCGGGCCUCAGCGGGCACCAGCCGCAGGAACCCCCGGGCCUCCUCGCGGCCAAGCCUGAGCGACCCCCGAGUUCUACGGCGUCCCCUCCCUCCGCCCUAUUUUACCUGCUCUCUCCACCGCAUACGCUUCUGCUGUCCGUUAUGGCAACGGAGCCGCCAUCCCCCCUCCGGCUCGAGGCGCCCGGCCCCCCAGAAAUACGGACCCCACCAGCGAGCGAGGCCGCCCCCGAGGGCACCCCGCAGCCGGCGAGCGGCAGGCUCCGAUUCCUCAACGGCUGUGUGCCCCUCUCGCAUCAGGUGGCCGGGCACAUGUACGGGAAGGACAAAGUGGGUAUAUUACAACAUCCAGAUGGCACAGUUUUGAAACAGUUACAGCCACCUCCAAGGGGCCCAAGAGAGCUGGAAUUCUAUAAUAUGGUUUAUGCUGCUGAUUGUAGUGACGGUGUUCUUCUAGAGCUACGAAAAUAUUUGCCCAAAUAUUAUGGCAUCUGGUCACCUCCCACUGCACCAAAUGAUUUAUAUCUAAAACUGGAAGAUGUGACCCAUAAAUUUAAUAAGCCCUGUAUAAUGGACGUAAAGAUAGGGCGAAAAAGCUAUGAUCCUUUUGCUUCAUCUGAGAAGAUUCAGCAACAGGUCAGCAAGUACCCAUUAAUGGAAGAGAUUGGUUUCUUGGUGCUUGGCAUGAGGGUUUAUCAUGUUCAUUCUGAUAGCUAUGAGACACAAAACCAGCACUAUGGAAGAAGCUUAACAAAAGAAACUAUAAAGGAUGGAAUCUCCAGGUUUUUUCAUAACGGGUUCUGCUUAAGAAAAGAUGCUGUUGCUGCCAGUAUUCAGAAGAUUGAGAAAAUUCUGCAGUGGUUUGAAAGCCAGAAGCAGCUUAACUUUUAUGCAAGUUCAUUACUAUUUGUUUAUGAAGGUUCAUCUCAGCCAAUCACUACAAAAUCAAAUGACAGGACUUUGGCAGAAAAGUUUUUGUCCAAAGGACAACUGUCAGACACAGAAGUACUGGAGUACAAUAAUAACUUUCACUUGUUGAGUUCCACAGCGAAUGGAAAAAUAGAGGCUUCAGUAGGCAAAAGCUUGUCCAAGAUGUAUGCUCGUCACAGAAAAAUGUAUUCCAAAAAGCAUCACAGUCAGACUUCAUUGAAAGUUGAAAAUAUGGAGCAAGACAAUGGGUGGAAAAGCAUGUCACAGGAACAUUUAAAUGGAAAUGUACUGUCCCAACUGGAAAAGGUUUUCUAUCAUCUUCCCACUGGUUGCCAAGAGAUUGCAGAAGUAGAAGUACGGAUGAUAGAUUUUGCUCAUGUGUUUCCUAGCAACACAAUAGAUGAGGGAUAUGUUUAUGGGCUAAAGCAUUUAAUUACUGUACUUAGAAGUAUUUUAGACAAUUGAAUCAUUUGCUGCAGUCUUUUUAAGGGGUGGGCCAAUCAUUAUGAAGAGGAGCAGUCAAUAUCUCUGCAUCUGCAAUGCUAUGUAAAAAAUUUGUAUUGUGAGUGACAUUUUAUUUGUCUUUAUACUUUUGGUAGAAAGGUUAACAUUUUUAUAAUCUUACUCAGGAAAACUAAUUAUUUGUUCAUUAGAAAACUAUGAAGAAUAAAGAAAUUUAGGAAUGUUAAAGCAGGGAAUGUGGUGGUACAUGGCUUAAAUAUCUUUUUGGCUUAAACAAAAUGCAGACCAUUAUUCAGUCAUUAAGAGUUUAGUUAGCUUUCUGCAGCCAAUUCAUCAUGAAAUCUUUGUCCACCCAACCUUGACAAUGAGCCAUAUCUAAACUAUUACAUUAUUAAAACACCUGGCAAAAAUCUAGAAAGAACUUAGUAUUGCUAUGUAUGAAAUUAUUAAAACUGGAGAAAAUUCUACUUUAGAAAUAAGUACUGUUUAGGUUUUAUACUAAAAGUUCAGACCAGCAACUCAAAAGGUGCUUGUUAGUGAAAUGAUUUAGAAUUGUUGCAUUCCAAAAGUUUUCCCUUUAAUUUUCAUUUAUGUAUAUAUUUCAAAAUAUUAUACUUCGUAUAAAAAGAUAAUCAGAAUGGGCAACAACAACAAAAAUCUUGAAGUUAAGAGUACAAAUUAUUCUUACCAGGGGUAGGAGAAGAGAGGUGUUAUUUGCAAGGAGCAAAAUAUUUUUCUUUUAAAAUCUUUCAUUUCUGGGAAAAUUGGAAUACAUAUUUACUACAUUGUGAAAAGCAUCAUAAACCGUGUAAUAAAUACCCUUUUCUCUAACUGCUGCUUCAAAA